ACGGAUUCCCCUCAAAAGACAGAACAUUUCUCAACCUGCGUUGCCCGUCCAUACUUUACGGGCAGAUGGCCGACCGUCUUCAUGGCGGAUACUGCUCAGGAUGAACUCGGCCAGUGUGCAGAAGGGCUACUCGUGGGCCCGCAUGGGGUUUUGACUCUGACCUGGGGCCAGGGAUUCGUGGUCGGCGCAAUUGUCAUCCUCUGUUGUGUGACGAUAUCGAAUAUGCGAAGAAAGGCGCUGCUGCAUAUAUUGAUCCUCACUGAGCUAAUUUUGGUGUCUCUCCACGGCUUAUGGGUCUUUGUCCAGGGUGAUGCAUCUGGCUGGUAUCUGAGCGCCACAGCAACGACCCUGUACAUCUCAUAUAACCUGCACAGCAUCAUCAACUGGAUGAAGGUGAAGCCCUUUCUAUCUAGAUGGGGCAGCCGGUUCUACAUCGGCACAAUUGUCCUGGUGAUGCCCUACUGGAUAGCAUCGAUGUAUCUGAACUUUGCAUACUUCAACAAUCUGGGAACCGGUGUAUUCGCCCACACAAGACCCUGGGAGGCGCUACUCCGUGAGCCUUGGUGGGUAUUCACGGCGCUGUAUCUCGUCUACGUUAUUAAACGGUGUUACGGGUUCGGGGUAUGGGAGUUGGUGCGCGCCAAUGCACGCUUUUUCGUCCUCCUUGCUUCAAUGGCAAUCUCCAUCGCCGUGAUCAUCGUGGAUAUCUUUGAUAUCUCUUUCUUUCCGGAUACGGGGGGUAGGAACAUCUACUGGCAGAUCUCCAUGGUUUUCAAAUGUGUCGCUGAUGUGGUCUUUCUUGAUGACUUCAAGCACGUUCUCGAUCGGCUUACCGCGAAGACAACGGGAAAUUUCCUGGGUAUACCUUCAGACGGACCCAAUCCACCUGCGCAAUUUCUCACAGGGAACGAAAUCCUGAUGAGUGGGACGCUGUCGUCAACGCAGCGGAGCGGUGGAGAUGAGGAGUCAUUGACGCAUAUAGAGGAUCAGCAGGUGUAUAGGCCUGUGAUGCCACCAGGGAACGUUCAUCUGAAUCGUGGAUUUACAGCCUUCGUCAAGGAUUGACUGAUCUUCAACAACCCACUGGACAUUAUACAAGGCGGGACCUUGAAUAGAUGAUU